GUUCAUAGAGAAUUCGCGUUUCCUGAUAUCCCCGAUCGUUUAUUUGCACGACUUGCUGCGCCUUUUGGCUUUCGUGUCACCCGCAUCACUGAUUCAGCCCAAUUGCCAAUCAGUUUGCAGCAACUCAUCUUUUCACGAUGCGAUAAUGUCAGUGCCCCUAGGUCAAAAGGUUCAGUCGUCUCCGAAUUUGAACUGAAUCGAAUGCUAGUCUAUCGCGUCGAGGAUGACUUGUCGCCUCAAAUGCGCCCGGGACACAUCCUGUUUGACAUCGUGGAUAGACCGUUAGACCUUUAA